CACCAGCGGGGUGAUGGAGGUGUUUGAGUUGGUGGUUGCGGAGGUCUCCCCAGCGGUUUGAUGCUGUUGCUGGGUCCAGAAUAGGCCUGCAACGAGUAGCAGCAGCAGCAAGAUCAUGAGUUAUUUUUGUUUGUGCCUGUCCUUCCUGAGGAAAGCCUUGCUGACUGUUUUCCUGGUACUUUUUUACUACUGUUUCUCCAUUGGUAUUACCUUCUACAACAAGUGGGUGAUGAAGUGGUUCCAUUAUCCUCUCUUCAUGACGUUAGUUCACCUAGCAAUGAUCUUUGUAUUUUCCGGGAUAAGCCGAACACUCACUUCAUGGUGUACUGGCAAGCCAUGUGUUUGUCUGUCAUGGAAACUGUAUCUGAAGAGGGUUGCUGCCACAGCCCUGACAACUGCAUUAGACAUUGGACUGUCUAAUUGGAGCUUCAUGUUUAUCACGGUCUCAUUGUAUACAAUGACAAAAUCAACUGCUGUCUUAUUUAUUUUAUUCUUUGCAGUCAUGUUCAAGCUAGAGAAAUUGAGAUCAUGGCUCUUAGUAGUUGUCUUGUUAAUAGCUGGAGGUCUCUUCAUGUUUACAUAUAAGUCAACCCAGUUUAACGUAAAAGGAUUUAUUCUCGUACUGAUUGCAUCUUUCCUCGGCGGGAUACGAUGGACAUUGACACAGAUUCUUACCCAGAAGGCAGAUCUCGGUCUACAGAAUCCUAUUGACACCAUGUACCAUCUCCAGCCUCUGAUGUUUAUUGGUCUUUUCCCAUUGUUUGUGUUCAGUGAAGGACUCAGCCUGUCUGCUUCAGAGAAACUAUUUCGCUACCAUGAGACCUCUGCUUUAUUACAUACGUUGCUUAUUUUGGCUGGAGGAGGAUUUCUAGCAUUUGGACUCUGCUUUUCUGAAUUCCUUUUGGUUUCCAGAACAUCCAGCUUGACCCUAUCCAUCGCAGGUAUUUUUAAGGAAGUUUGCACACUGGUCCUUGCCAGCCAUCUGAUGGGUGACCAGCUGACUGUUUUAAACUGGUUGGGAUUUGUAAUGUGCCUGUCUGGAAUCUCAUUGCAUGUAGCACUUAAAGCUAUCUAUUCAGAAGAUUCAUCAAAUGACAGAAGGAUUGAUAAGCUCCACGAUAUGGCUUUGACUGACAUUGAUACGGAGUUACUCCUAAGAAAUGGACAGGCAAAUGAGAGUGAAGAAGAGGAUGUUCGACAUCAUUGACAGCUACAUUGUCUACAAUCUAUAUUGUCAACCAUCCCAGGAUUCUGCCUCUCAUGUUGUACAUUUGCUGUGCAAGGAUAUACCCCUAAAAACUUUAAACUUGGUCUUUGUGGUCCAGUCAGUGAUUGGAACAAGUUAAAUGGGCAUAAUUUGCACUGUGAGUGGACAUCCCUCUGACCAAGGUAACACUGAAAAUGUCGGAUACAUUUUAAUGUUGUUACAGUUUUCCAUUGAGGCCCCAUGUGCCCCCUAAGGCACUAAGGGUUCAGAGGACGAUGACAGUUUUCCAUCACUUUCAACUAUGGCGAAGCCCUACCUAAUGUUCAAUUAGGAAUUUGGAUCAUCAUGUUUGGGGCCUUAGAGACAAUAUUUUCAGCUGUGAAAGUACUGUGAAUUAAGAUCUAUGGACGAUGGAUGUAGCAACUUGUGGAAGAUGUGUUGCACUGAAAUCAAUUCCUCUUUUCCUCUGGUCAUUUGAAAUUAAUUAUUGAAUAAGGCAGGUAACAAUGCUGGGUUGAAGUGAAAUGUUUAUUUGAUCAGUUAUAAAGAGAAAAAGGACACUGAUUUAGACAUUAAAUUGAGGUAUAAAUAACCUUCAGUUUUAUAAUUGAAUCGUGACAUCAUGUGAGUGUAAACAAAUAAUAACUGCUUUAGUUGAAUUGACCCUUCAUUUGACUUUGCUACCUUUUCUCAAAAAUGCAUUAUUUCACAUGGAGACAAUGAAAUGUGGACUCAAAACAUAACAAAUCCAAAAGAAAAAUACCCUGUACAGGACUUGAAACUCAGUCUGGUAUGAUUAGAAACAAAUGAAGUAAGUUAUUGACAGACAAUUACAGUUGAUGUUUUAGGGUUCAAGUGAUGGUUACCUUGUACAAUGUGCAAUACUUUAAAAAUCAUUUCCCUUUUCUUGCUCCACGGUCUUGUGUAUUUUAUGUAUGACACAUGGAAAUUAUGUCUAGAGGUCACUGUGGUAUUCCACAGCACCUCAAAUAUGACCCAUUUUCCUGGGGAAAAAAAUCAGUUCUAUUUUUCUUCAUUUUGGGAAGAAGCAGUGACCUAGAGUCUGAAGAAUCUUAAUUAAUCUCCCCCACAUAUUGUCCUUCCCUAAUGAAGCAGUGAAGCAAGUACAAGGUACUUGGACUACUUUUGAAGAUCUUUUAAAUCUUGUCUUCUCAUUCUCUUGCUUUUCUCUCUGUUACUGGUUUCUUCACCAACCGGUUGAUUUUUUUUUCCCCUCUGCUUCUGAAAAGCAACGAAUUCAGUUACCACUCUUGCCCUGCUACGUGAAUCAGACCUUUAUUUGUGUCUUUGCCUUAAUUAUAAGAAUCCUCUGCCAUAAUUACAAAAAUUCUCCACUGUAAAUAAUACCAGCAGAGCCGCAGAAUUUCAUUUGUUGUUCACAAUAACUAUAUUGUAUUCCAUGGAAUUGUUCUUCAUUAAUAACCAUUGCCCAACCCCACUAAUGCCUCCGUCUUUUUUGUCGUACACGUACUGGGCAUUAUCUGCCAGUUGGAUAAUUGUGUGCUUUUAUGCACUACAGCCUAUAUUUUAUUUCUGUUUUUUCAGGCAGUCACUUGCUCUUGUUCCUCUGCUUUACUCUUUCUUUUUAACAGAGUUGGCUACCCUCUGCAAUGUAUAAAGCUUCAUGUAUUUUUCCUUGUGUAUGUGGCAAUGUGCAACAGCCCCUUGCAAUAUAUAAACAUCUACCGUUGUAGAUGAUAUGUCAUUAGUUUCACUUCUUACUUCCAUUUUUAUCUACUCUGGACAAAAUUAAUUGGGACUAUUUUUCACUUUCUAAUUAGAUCUUCCAGAUUCAAAUCCACUUUAUCUCUAGCAAGUUCCUGUAUAGAACAAAUUGAUUUAUUUCUUUCAUCACAUUUUAUGGUCGUCUUCUCAGAUUAAAGAAAUCUGUCACUCGCGCAAACAUUUUUGUAUCUUCAAACUUGUGUUUGAUUAUUCACCUUUUUUGUCUUCUAAUCACUCAAUAUACGCUGCACAAGUUUAAUUUUUUUUAAUCUGUGCAAUUUGAACUAAUGCAGCUUAUGGACUGCCAUUAAUCAACCUCAGUCCCAGAGAGCCAACAGUUUAGAUCAUAACACCAUAAGACAUGCUGUAGGAGCAGAAUUAGGCCACUCAGCCCAUCUAGUCUGCUCUGCCAUUCUAUCAUAGCUGAGUUAUGAAUCCCUCUCAACCCCAUUUUCGGCCUUCUCCCUGUAACCUUUGGCACCCUGACUAACUAAGAACCUAUUAAACUUCCACUUUAAAUGUACUCAGUGACUUAGCCUUCACAUCUGUCCAUAGCGAUUGAAUUCCACAGAUUCACCACCCUCUGGCUAAAGAAAUUUCUUCUCAUCUGUUCUGAAUGGACAUCCCUCUAUUCUGAUCCCUCUGGUCCUGGACUUACAUAUUAUAGGGGACAUCCUCUCCACAUCCACUCUCUCUGGGCCUUUUAAUAUUCAAUAGGUUUCUUCUCCUACGCCCCCCACCCCGCCCCCCAUUCUUUUAAACACUCCGUGCAUGUUAACCAUCUCAUUCCAGGAAUCAUUCUUGUGAAUCCUCUGGACCCUCUCCAAAAUAUCUCUCCUUGGAUAAAGGGCCCAAAACUGCAUACAAUACUCCGAAGUGCAGUAUUUCCAAAGCCUUUUAGAGCUUCAGCAACACAUCCUUGCUUUUGUAUUCUAGUCCUUUCAAAAUGGAUGCUAAAAUUGCAUUUGCCUUCUUUACUGCUGAGUCUGCAAGUUAACCUUUAGGAAAUCCUGCACAAAGACUCCCAAGUCCCUUUGUACCUUUGAAUUUUAUCCCUGUUUAGAAAAUAGUCUGUGCCUUUAUUCCUUCUACCAAAGUGCAUGACCAUGCACUUUCCUACACUCUACUCAAUUUGCCACUUCUCCCAAUCUCUCCAUGUCCUGCAGACUUCCUGCUUCCACCACACCACCUGGCCUUCCAGCUAUCUUUGUAUCUUCUGCCAACUUGGCCACAAAGCCAUCAAUUCCGUGAAAAGAAGCAGUCCCAGUACCAGCCCCUGUGGAGCAUCGCAAGACACCAGCAGCCAACCGGAAUAGGCUCCCUUUAUUCUGACUCUUUACAUAGCCUGCCAAUCUUCUGUCCAAGCCAGUAUCUUUCCUGUUAUACCAUGGGCUCUCUACUUGUUAAGAAGUGGAGUGACUUUUGCAUUUUUCCAGUCAUUCUGAAUCAUUCCAGAAACUAGUGAUUCUUGAAAGAUCAUUACUAAUGCCUUCACAAUCUCUUCAGCUACCUCUUUCAGAAACCUGGGGUAUAGUCUAUCUGGUUCAGGUAACUUAUCCACCUUCAAACAUUUUAGCUCCCGGGCAGCUUCUGCUUAGUUAUAGCAACUACAUUCACUACUGCCUCCAACACUAGAAUUUCUGGCAUACUACUACCAGUGUCUUCCACAGUGAAGACUCAUGCAAAAUACUUAUUAUUUCUUCAUCCCGUUUCUUCUUCUCCAACAUUAUUUUCCGGAAGUCCAAUAUCCACUCUUGCAUAUUUUACUCUUUGUAUAGUAUUUCUGGGAAAAAACAACUUUUGAUAUCCUUUGGUAUUAUAGAGUCAUAGAAAAGUACAGCAUAGAAACAGGCUCUUUGGCCCAUCGAGUCCAUGCUGAGCCAUUUAAAUUGCCUACUCCCAUUGACCCUCCAUACCCCUAUUUUCCAUGUGCCUAUCCAAACUUCUCUUGAACGUUGAAAUUGAGCUCGUGUGCUUCACUUUUGCUGGCAGCUCAUUCCACCUCUCACCACCCUCUGAGUGAAGAAGUUUCCCCUUAAAUUUCUCAUCUUUUACCUUUAACCAAUAGAUGCUCUAAAAAGCUAUCUUGUGGGCGUUCUUCAAAUUCCCUCUCUUGAGGUCCAGCACAAACGUGAUGUUCCCAAUUUGCCUCCUAUUGUAAUGCCCCAUGAUUAUCAUAACAUUGCCCUUAUUACCUGCCUUUUCAAUCUCCCAUUGUAAUUUAUAUCCCACAUCCUGGCUACUGUUUGGAGGGCUCUAUAUAAUCCCCAUCAGGGUCUUUUUUUCCUCUUGCAGUUUCUUAACUCUACCCACAUGAAUUGUAUAUCUUGUGAUCAUAUGUCAGUCACCUUUUUCUAAGGAUUUUGAUUUUUUUUAACCAGCCGAGCUACCCCACCCCUUCUGCCUUCUGCCUUCUGCCUGUCCUUUCAAUGCAAGACGGAUCCUUGGAUGUUAAGUUCUCAACUAAGAUCUUCUUUCAGCCACAACUGAGUGAUGCCCACAUCUCUUAAAUAUGCUACAUCAUCUAUCUUAUUCUGUAAAUCUGUGCAUUCAAAUAUAACACCUUUAGUCCUCACCCUUUUUGAUUUUGCCCGCAUGUUGCACAUCAACUCAUCCCACUGACUGCAAUUUUGCCCCAUCAUCUACCUGUCCUUCCUCACAGUCUCACUACACAUUGCAUUACUUGUAUACCAAUUGCCCGAUCCUCAGACCUAUCAUUCUUGUUUCCAUCCCACUGCUAAAUUAGUUUAAACCAGGGGUUCCCA